AUGGGCGGCCCCGCCGCGCCGCGCCCGCGGGGGCUCCGGGGGCUCCUGCCGCCGCUCCUGCCGCUGCUCCUGCUGCUGCUCCCGCCGCCCCCGGCACAGAGCCUCAAAGGCGGUGCUGUGACUGUCCCAGAAACACUGCUCUUCAUCUCCACUCUGGAUGGGAACCUCCACGCCGUCAGCAAGAGCACAGGGGACAUCAAGUGGACCCUGAAGGAUGAUCCCAUUCUGCAGGUGCCGGUGUAUGUGGCAGAGCCAGCAUUCCUUCCAGACCCCAAUGAUGGCAGCUUGUAUAUCCUGGGAGGAAAGAACAAGGAAGGCUUGAUGAAGCUGCCGUUCACCAUCCCAGAGCUGGUGCAGUCCUCGCCGUGCCGCAGCUCGGACGGAGUGCUCUACACCGGGAAGAAGCAGGACACGUGGUUUGUUGUGGACCCCAAGUCAGGGGAGAAGCAGACCACCCUCUCCACAGAGGCCUGGGAUGGUCUGUGCCCAUCCAGCCCCUUGCUCUACAUCGGACGGACCCAGUACGUCAUCACCAUGUAUGACACCAAGUCACGGGAGCUGCGCUGGAAUGCCACCUUCUCCGAGUACUCAGCUCCGCUCUGCGAGGAGUCCUACCACUACAAAAUGGCACACUUGGCCUCCAGCGGGGACGGGCUGGUGGUGACCCUGGACAAGGAGAGCGGGGAGGUCCUGUGGGCGCAGAACUACGGCUCACCCGUGGUCGGCAUCUACCUGUGGCACCAGGACAGCCUGCGCCGCCUCCCCCACCUCAACCUGGCCAUGGAGACCCUGCGCUAUCUGACCUUCCAGUCACAGGACAUCCACGUCCUCAAGUGGGGCUACCAGUCCGUCAAGGACUUCGCCGCCACCAAGACGCAGCUGCUGCCGGCGCUCUACGUGGGGAAGCACGCGGCCGGUUUCUACGCCGUGACGUCCCUGGUGCACGGCAGCGUGGCGCUGGUGCCCCAGGGCAUCACGCUGGCCAGGAUCGAGGGCCCCACCACGGACGACGUGACCAUGAGGGAGUCCGGGGAGUGUGAGAUCACGCCCAGCACCGACGUCAAGUACCCGCAGGGCAGCAUCACCUCGCUGCACAACCAGUGGCUCCUCAUAGGGCACCAUGAGCUGCCUCCCGUGGUCCACACCACGAUGCUGCGGGCCUUCCCAGAGAACCUGAGGAAGACCACGGAAACCAUCAUCCCCAGGGCUCCUCCCAGCAGGACCGUGUUCGACGAUUUCCUGGCCCCGAGCAGCCCGGAGGAGCCAGCUGUCCGCAGCGAGGGGCAGCCCCAGCCAGACCCCACGCCAGGGGAGCAGCUGGAGGUGUAUCCCGAGUCUGGCACCUGGGACCUGCUGAUGGCUGGCGUCGGCACGGCUCUGCUGGGCGGGGGAAUCCUGGUCCUGCUGCUCACAAAACUGCAGCGGCAGCAUGUGGCACAGCAGCAGCAGCUGGAGGAGCAGAUACAGCUCCUGCAGCAGCAGCAGGAGAUGCUGCGCCCGGGCCGAGUCUCCAGGGAGGGUGUCCCUGAGGAGCCCAGGGAGCUGGAGCCGAGCCAGGGAAGUGCAUCAGAGCUCUCGCAGAGCUCCAGCCCCUCAGGCUGCCUGAAGGACCCGGCUAACGGGAAGGUCAGCCCAGAGCCAGCUGUCCCAGAGGCUGCUGAAGAUGCAGAACCAGACCUGGUUGUAGUUGGGAAAGUUUCUUUUAACCCCAAAGAUGUGCUGGGUCAUGGAGCUGGAGGAACCUUUGUCUUCAGGGGGCAGUUCGAGGGCCGCAGUGUGGCCGUGAAGCGUCUCCUGCCCGAGUGCGUCCAUCUGCUGGACCGGGAGGUGCAGCUGCUCCGGGAGUCGGACGAGCACCCGCACGUCGUGCGCUACUUCUGCACGGAGAGGGACCGGCAGUUCCACUACAUCGCCAUCGAGCUGUGCUCCGCCACGCUGCAGGAGUACGUGGAGAACCCCAGCUUUGACCGCCGUGGGCUGGACCCGGUGUCCGUGCUGCGUCAGACCAUGUCGGGGCUGGCCCACCUCCACUCCCUCAGCAUCGUGCACCGUGACCUGAAGCCCUGUAACAUCCUCAUCUCUGUCCCGAAUCGCCACGGGCAGAUCCGCGCUGUCAUCUCCGACUUCGGCCUUUGCAAGAAGCUUCAGGGGGGACGGCAGAGUUUCAGCCUCCGCUCCGGGAUCCCUGGCACUGAGGGCUGGAUCGCGCCCGAGGUGCUGCAGGAGGCCCCCAAGGAGAACCCUACCAGCGCUGUGGACAUCUUCUCAGUCGGGUGCGUCUUUUACUACGUGGUGUCGGGGGGACAGCACCCCUUUGGGGACAGCCUGCGGCGCCAGGCCAACAUCCUGGCGGGCUCCUACCAGCUGAGCUGCCUGCAGGAGGAGGCUCACGACAAACUCGUUGCGAGGGAACUGAUCGUGGCGAUGAUCAGCUCCGAGCCCCAGCGCCGGCCCUCGGCCCCUGUGGUCCUUGUGCAUCCCUUUUUCUGGAGUCAGGAGAAGCAGCUGCAGUUCUUCCAGGACGUCAGUGACCGUGUGGAGAAGGAGCCAGCUGAGGGACCCAUCGUCUCAGCCCUGGAAUCGGGGGCCCGGGCGGUGGUGAGGACCAACUGGAGGAUGCACAUCUCCCUCCCACUGCAGAUGGACCUGAGGAAGUUCCGCACCUACAAGGGGGCGUCAGUGCGUGACCUGCUGCGGGCCAUGAGGAACAAGAAGCACCACUACCACGAGCUGCCGGCCGACGUGCAGGUGGCCCUGGGCUCCGUCCCCGAGGGCUUCGUGCAGUACUUCACCUCGCGCUUCCCGCGGCUGCUGCUGCACACGCACGGGGCCAUGCGGCUCUGUGCCCACGAGCGCAUCUUCCGCCCCUACUACAGCCAGGGCCUGAGGGGCGACGGCGCCUGAGGGGCACGGGCUGUGCCCAGGGACAUGAGCAGGCACGGGACAGGAGCAGGCACAGGCCAUGCCUGGGGACCUGAGCGGGCACAGGCCGUGCCCAGGGACAUGAGCAGGCACAGGCCAUGCCUGGGGACAUGAGCGGGCACAGGCUGUGCCCAGGGACAUGAGCAGGCACAGGCCAUGCCUGGGGACAUGAGCGGGCACAGGCUGUGCCCAGGGACAUGAGCAGGCACAGGCCGUGCCCGGGAACUGAGCGGGCACAGGCCGUGCCCAGGGACUGAGGGCACAGGCCAUGCCUGGGGACCUGAGCAGGCGCAGGCCGUGCCCGGGGGGCACCACGGCCGCUGCUCCCUGCCUGGGCCCUCUCUCCUGUCCUUCUGCUGGGGCCAGGUGGGGCUCAGCAGGCACAGGGGGCACUGGGAGCACAGGGCAGCAGAGGUGGGCACAGGGCAGCACCGUGCUCUCACCUGUUGUUUCCUGAGGGAACCUCUGGGCAACCACCUUUACAAACACUCACAGACCCAGGUGUGAAGGCAUCUGGGUCAGAAAACAAAGACGUCUCAGGUGGGCACAGUGUUUGGAGAAGAAAGAGGAAAAUAUGUUGUGUUUUCCCAGGGACAGCCACAGCGAGGCCCUGGCACAGUGAUGUCCCCGAGCUGGCAUCAGUCCCAGGGGAACAUUCACCAGGGACAGGAAGCUUUGUCCCGUGUGUUCUUCCUGUGCCAGGGGCCUGGGGACACAGCUCCUUGAGCUGAGAUCAGGAGCAGGGCCCCAGUCUUGACACUGGAGCUGAGCCCUCAGCUGUGCUCAGCCACGCUGGGGCUGGGAUGUGCCCAUGGCAUCCGAGCUGUGAGGGCACAGCCCGCACAAUGGUGUGAAUCUUAGCUGGGCUCAGAACAAGAGUUUCUCCCUUAGGCUUCCCUGUAACUCGUACCUCUGCCAGGCCUAAGCCCCUGAGCAGGUGGCACAGCAGCCCAGGCACAGUAGUGUCUGGGCACAAAGGAGGGAAUUCCUUUCCCCUGGGAUCCUUCCCUCAAUAACAGGGCUAUGGCUGCAGUUCCCCCAGCCUCUGCUGCUGCCCAGGGCCAGGGUCCCGUGAGUGCUCUGGUUCACAGCAGCCCCCAUGGCAUGUGUUCCCUUUGAGCCAGCCUCCAACACCAGCUGGGCCCAUGGGCACAGAGAGCCCCACAGCAAAGUUCCUCUGUGGAGAAGCAAUAAUUUUGUACAGUCUAAUGACUGUGCUGGGGUGUGGGAGUUUGUUACACAAUUAACAGUGUUUGUACCAGAAUAUAUUUAUACAAAAAGUUAUAAAAAAAUUUUAAAAAAAAGAAAAAAGCUUGUCCUGCUUAAAAACAAACUGGCCUGAGAGCAGCACUAGUUGCUGGCAGGGAACAGUGGUGGGAGAACAAGACAGGCAGGUCACUGGGCUCCUGUAAGAAGUCCUGAGAGGACUUGUGCUGAUUCUUUAGCCAUAAUUAGUCAGGGAGCCAAGGAAGAGGCAAGCGCAGCCCAAUAAGGGUAGGAGGAUGCCUCAUUCAGAGAGGCCAGCAAGGCAAAGGGAAGUGAAAGAGCCUGGAUGCUGUGUCAAACAAUUUUUAUUCAAGUUAUGCAAUAUACAAAAGUUGAGGUUUCAUGGCAUUUCGGUAUUAAAAGGCCAAUUGCUCCAUCUCA